UCCCUCAGUGUAUAUACGUCAGUUGAUAAUUCUUCACAGUGCUUCAGGUUCAAAGUUGUCUUAGUUUGCCUCUAAAUUCUGAAACAAUCAACAAACAACGAAACAAUUGUCUUUCAAAGCAACUCCACACGUCGUUCAACUGGGCUAGUCGGUGAUCUGUAAAUGCGUAACCAUGCCAAUAAAUACGAGUGAAGUGAUGUACAUCUUGAGCCAGCUUUCCGAACAGAGAAAUUUACGAGUGGCUGUCACAGAAUCUUUAAAAUGUGGUGCUGGAAUUGGGUUAAGCGCAGCAAUUUGUGCAAUUUUGUUGGGUCCGGUGGGUCUUGCUUUUGGAGGUACAGUUUCCUCAGUGAUAGCUUCAUAUAUGAUGCAUGGCAAGUUCAAAUCAGUGGCUCUUGUCAUUGCUCAAGAUAUGACUCCAGCUCAGCAAAGUCAGCUUGCUGCAUCAUGCAUGAGAAUCAUCAAUGACUUUCGUGUUGAAGAUGUUGCUGUUCUCUUACCUCUGCUCCUCAACUCACCAUCAGCUCAGCAAGCUCUCAUGACUCAAUUAGUAGGUUACGUAACUAAUGAAAUGAAACUGAAAAUCAUUGACUGAAGUAUGAUGAUGUAAUUAAUGAUAGGCUGAUCGUGUGAUUUAUCUUGUAACUAGUGAAUUAAGUUUUCUAACUCAUGUGAUAUUAUAUUUUUAUGUCCUAAAGGAAGGGCCAAAAAUAUUAAAGUAUUGUUUUUAUUGUGAGAUAAAUUCUUUAUUAUUAAAUUGCUGAACUGUGCA